AUGGCUACCCGGCGCCCCAUUCGCAUCGGCAACUGUUCAGGCGCCAUCAAUGAUGGCAUCGACCAGAUUUACCGCCUCGCAAAGUACGGCAACGUCGACGCAAUUACGGGCGAUUAUCUCGCCGAGUUCAACAUUGCAUGGAAGGCUAUUGAGCUUCAAACCAAGCCGGACUUGGGGUUUGAGACGAGCUUCCUCGAGCAGCUUGCCUGGCACAAAGGCGACGCAGCGCGCCUUGUCGCCGCGAAGCGCAUCAAGCUUGUUCACAACGGAGGAGCACUCAAUCCUGCGGGACUUGCGAAGAAGACGGAUGACUACCUCAGAAGCCUUGGCAUUCACGAUAUUAAAGUAGCAUGGGUGAGCGGUGACAACUUGACGGAGGCAGUCAAACAUGGCGCGUUCGGACGAGUCAUGCAUUUUGACCAGCCUGGCGUAGCAUUGGAUCCUCAAGCAGUCAAUGCCACCGGCGAAGACAUAAUUCUUGCUGCUAAUGCCUAUACGGGAUACACGGGCAUUGCGAAGGCUCUCGAAGCUGGGGCUGACAUUGUCGUAUGCGGCCGAUGUACAGAUGCUAGCCCUGUCAUGGGCCUUGCGGCAUACUGGCACGGGUGGAAGAGAACAGAGUACGAUCUGCUGGCAAGGAGCUUGAUGGCCGGGCAUCUUAUCGAAUGUGGGCCGUACGUGACAGGCGGGAACUUUUGCGGUCAACGUGAGGUGCCGAAUCCUCACAAUGUCGGGUUCCCGAUCGCGGAGAUUGCGGGAGACGGCGCCGUGAUCAUCACCAAGCCGGAAGGUUCCUACGGGUUGGUCUCCGUUGAUACAUGCAAGUCACAAUUUGUGUACGAGAUUCAAGGGCCUUUUUAUUUUAAUCCGGAUGUCAUCGCCAACAUUGAAGACGCAACUUUUACUCAAAUCGCCAAUGGACGCGUUCAACUGUCGGGAGUUAAAGGGUUGCCGCCGCCUCACACAACCAAGUUAGCCGUUUGUCUAUUGGGCGGUUAUCAAGCCGAGAUCUCUGCAUACGCAGUCGGGUUGGACACUGACUUCAAGUUCGAAGUGCUCAAGGACCAAAUCUUCAGGCAAAUCAAUCAGGCGGACUUUACGACUUUUAGCAUCGAAAAGUAUGGCUCAACAAUAGUCGAUCCACGGUCACAAAAAGCCUGCACAGUGCAGUUCCGCAUGUUUGCCCAAUCGCAGAGCAAACAGGCCUUUGACCAGUUCAGGAAAGCCGUCUUCUACAACGGAUUGCAAGGCUAUUGCGGUCUGCAUCUGGGUAUGGACUGGCGGACGAUGGAACCCCGGCCGUACGUUCGAUACUUCCCCGCCUUGAUCUCUCAAUCACAAAUUCCACAGCAAGUUUGCUUUGUCCAUGGCGAGAAGAUGAUUCAAGUUCACGCACGUCAAGAAAGGGAUUGUGGGCCAGCGCCCCAGCAGCACGAUUAUGAUCCUUGGGCGCCGCUUGUCAAGGCCUCGUCAUCGGUCACUGUAAGGAGACCGCUCGGCGAUCUUGUGUUCGCUCGAAGCGGAGACAAAGGCGGGAACGCCAACAAUGCAUCUGGCCGUUACGAUAACGUCGACUUUCGCAAGGCAGCAGGUUACCAGUAUCCGCCCAUAAAAUGCAGCUAUAAUCGUCGCGACGUCCUUCUUUUCGAUGUUUUUGACUUCAUCGCACGAACUACGACAGGCGAUGUUCCAGGUGUCCCUCCUUUCGACGCACAGCGCUCGGUAGAUGGUGAGCGCGGCAUUGAGAUCAUUAGACCAAUCCCUGUGUCUUCCGAAGGGUUGGAUCUCGAGAUUCGGAGUAAAGUGAUUGGGGUUUAUGACAAGGGCGGAGCCAUGAUAAUGGAAGCAGAGCAAGUCCUUGUCGACAAGAAAACAGAGACAGUUUACACAAAGAUGACUUCAACCGCAUUCGGCAUCGGACAGGGUGGCUACGAUGGCCCUCGCGGCCCUACGAAACCAGCCGUGGCGCCACCGAACCGGCGUCCGGACGCCGUGCACACAAUCAAGACUACCACGGAAGCUGCUUUACUUUACCGCCUCUGUGGUGACUACAACCCUAUGCACGCAGACGAGGCCUUCGGUCAGCGCGCCGGGUUCAGAGGGUCUAUCCUUCACGGCCUCGGCACAUGGAACAUGUCCGCUCACGGUCUGCUCCAAAAGUUAGGCGGCAGCGACCCCAACAGGCUCAAAGCCUACGGCGCAAGGUUCAAGAGCGUAGUUUACCCUGGAGAUACUCUCGAAACGCGCAUGUGGGUUGUCAAAAACGCGGGAGGGAUAGACCACGUUGUGUUUGAGACGGCUGUUCAAGAAGAUGGCAGAAUCGCAUUGUCGAAUGGGUAUGCCAAGAUUGUGAACUCAAGGGCAAAGCUGUAA